CAAAAAUCUUUUCGUCCAAAUUAGUCUCUCCUCAAUUUCGUUACGGUAAAGUAAAUAUGAGUUCCACCGAUGUUCCGGCGAAGGGUGGCAGAGGCAAGAAAUCUGCCGCCAAGUCCGUCACUAGGUCUCACAAGGCCGGUCUCCAAUUCCCCGUCGGUCGUAUCGCCAGGUACCUCAAGAAGGGCCGUUUUGCUCAGCGUGUCGGCUCCGGCUCACCGGUUUACCUCUCCGCCGUUCUCGAAUACCUCGCUGCCGAGGUUUUGGAGUUGGCUGGCAAUGCUGCGAGGGACAACAAGAAAACUAGAAUCGUCCCGAGGCAUAUUCAACUAGCAGUGAGGAACGACGAGGAAUUGAGCAAGCUUUUGGGAUCAGUCACGAUCGCCAGCGGAGGAGUGCUGCCGAAGAUUCAUCAGUCUCUUUUACCGAAGAAGGCCGGUAGUACGAAGGAUAAGGCCGAGAUCGGAUCGGCGUCUCAGGAAUUUUAGGUUGCAUUAGAAAUAUCAGUCGAUUAACAGAAAACGAAACAGUUAGGUUCUGUAAGAUUGUUAUUAGCUUCAAUGAAUCUUUCUUCAUCAGGUUCGUAAAUCUACGAAACGAGCUUCGGUUAGAAAGGUAUCCGUCUUCGUCGCCGAUAAAUUCUAUAGUAUGUGUAAAUGCUGAUGAAGUUCACCACUAAUUUGAAUAGAAAGGAACCAGUUGAAUUUUUA